AUGGACAACAAAGAUGAUGAUCACCCUGCAAGACAAUAUGAGGAUUAUGAGCAAUCUUUCUAUACUCCAAGUAUUCCACAGGUUACUCCUUCUCCAAUCUACAUUCCACAACCAUAUCGCCCUGCACAACAAUAUGAACAUCCUCGAUAUUCUCCUUGCUCUCCGUCUUACAUUCCACAACCAUGUCACCCAACACAACAAUAUGAACAUCCUCGAUAUUCUCCUAGCUCUCCAUCCAACAUUCCACAACCAUAUCACCCUACACGACAAUAUGAACACCCUCGGUAUUCUCCUUUCCCUCCAUCAUACUCUCCAUGUUCUCCUUCCUCUCCACCAUACUUUUCACAGCGAUAUCACCCUACAAUACAAUUUGAACUCCCUAGGUAUUCUCCUGGUAUAGAUCCUUCCCCUGGCGGGGGUCAUGUGACCAGUAGUUAUCCACUGCCUUCCUUCAAACCAUCUAGGGAACUCCGAGAAUCCAUUAAAAACCAAACCGAUGUUGCACUGGAAAUCACAAAGAAACUGCUUCUAACUUUAGGCAAGGCCAAGAACAUGGUGUACUCCCCAUUGUCCAUCCACAUUGGUCUUGGCAUGAUAUUGACUGGGACAAAGGGUCAUAUCCAGGACCGGUUUCUCUCUUUCCUCAAGUCCAAGUCCAUCAAUGAGCUCAAUGAUCUCGCCUCCAAUGUCUAUCCACUGGUCUUUGCCGACGGAUACUCAAAGGGCGGGCCUCGCUUUUCAGUCGCCAAUGGUGUUUGGGUUGAAAAGUCUCUCCAUGUCAAGCCUUGUUUCAAAGAGGUACUGGACACUGCUUACAAGGCAGCAAUGAAUCAAGUCGAUUUUCGAAGAAGGGCAGACGAAGUGCGAUGUGAAGUGAAUUCAUGGGUAGACAAGGAGACCAAUGGACUUAUCAAAGAGAUUCUAGCCGCAGGGUCUGUUAGCAGCGAAACAAAGCUCAUCCUUGCGAAUGCCUUAUACUUCAAAGGAGCGUGGAAGGAGAAGUUCUAUGAAUCAAUGACAAACGAGUUUGAUUUCCAUCUACAGAGUGGGAGCUCAGUUAAGGCACCCUUCAUGACCAGUUCGAAGUACCAGUUUGUAAGUGUCUUUGACAGCUUCAAAGUCUUAAAGCUUCCCUACGAGCAAGGUAAAGAUUAUGGUCGUCGUUUCUCCAUGUGCUUGUUUCUUCCAAAUGCAACUGAUGGACUACAAGCUUUGGUUGAGAGGGUUUGUUCCGAGCCUAUAGAUCGAUAUAUUCCCCACAAAAAUGUUCCACUUCGUAGAUUUUUAAUCCCAAAGUUUAAGAUAUCUGUUGGGUUUGAUCCUAUGGAUGUUCUGAAACCGUUAGGAUUCUCUCUUGAAGAGGGAGAUUUGACAGAGAUGGUGGAGGGUGCGAUUUCUCUCUCCAUGUUCCAGAAAUCUUUCAUUGAAGUUAAUGAAGAAGGCACCGAGGCUGCUGCUGUUUAUAUUGCCUGCGGUCCUGCUUAUUCAUCGGGUGAACCACCCAAACCUCCUCCGAUAGAUUUUGUGGCAGAUCACCCAUUCCUUUAUCUGAUUAGAGAAGAGGUGACUGGAACGGUCAUGUUCAUUGGGCACGUCCUAAACCCCAUUGAAGAAAAAUUCACCUAAUUAAGCUAGCUAGUUUUUGCUAUAAAUUCAGUUAGACAUUUGAGUCUGCUAGGCCUA